CUUUGAAUCAUCACAUUAAUUCUGUUCAUUUUGUCAACGGGGAAUUGGUUGGCAUUAAUUGUUUAAUCAUAUAAUAAUUACAACAAAAAUUGUAAUCAUUAAAUGUCGUGCUGCGGUGGUGGGGAGCUAGAGGACUACAGCGGUCCGCAGCCUAAUCAGAGCACCGCCCCUCCUAAGGUCGGCCACCCCUAUCACGGUGGCACCGGUGGUGCCAGUGAAAGAGAGCCAAGGUCUUCUGGGGCUAUGAGAAAUGGAGCACCUCAGAAAGUUCUUCCCAUCGAGAUACCCGUGAUGCGUUUGGAUGAGCUGAAUAAGCUAACGGGCAAUUUCGGUCAAAAGGCUUUGGUUGGUGAAGGCUCAUACGGCCGUGUUUUCUCUGCAACUUUGAGCAAUGGCCAACAGGUUGCAAUAAAGAAGCUGGACACCAGUUCCUCACCAGAGCCAGAUUCUGAGUUUGCCGCGCAGUUGUCGACAGUUUCAAGACUCAAGAAUGAUCAUUUUGUGGCUCUUCUUGGGUAUUGUCUUGAGGCAGAUAACCGGAUCCUUGUAUAUGAGUUUGCCACCUCGGGAUCUUUACACGAUGUUUUACAUGGAAGGAAAGGGGUGCAAGGGGCAGAGCCAGGUCCAGUCCUUGCUUGGAAUCAGAGAGUAAAGAUUGCUUAUGGGGCAGCAAGAGGUCUGGAAUAUCUGCACGAAAAAGUUCAGCCCCCCAUUGUCCAUCGCGAUAUCAGAUCCAGCAACGUUCUCCUCUUUGAGGAUUUCACAGCCAAACUUGCUGAUUUCAACUUGACAAACCAGUCCUCUGACACAGCUGCCCGGUUGCAUUCCACUCGCGUCUUGGGAACUUUUGGCUACCAUGCUCCAGAGUAUGCAAUGACGGGACAGAUUACUCAAAAGAGCGAUGUUUACAGUUUCGGAGUUGUCCUCUUAGAACUCUUGACAGGAAGGAAGCCAGUUGAUCACACCAUGCCCAAAGGGCAACAGAGCCUUGUCACAUGGGCGACGCUAAGAUUGAGCGAAGACAAAGUGAAACAAUGUGUGGAUCCAAAGCUAAACAAUGAGUAUCCCCCUAAGGCUAUUGCCAAGAUGGCAGCAGUUGCAGCACUGUGUGUUCAGUAUGAGGCCGAUUUUCGUCCCAACAUGACAAUCGUCGUCAAGGCAUUGCAACCGCUUCUCAACUCAAAGCCGGUCACCGGCUCAGAGUCCCAACCAUGACCUUUUUUGUUGAGUCUUCCAAAUCUCAAAUGUUUUUCUUUUUUCUAAUUUCCGAAAAGAGAUUUUGCAAAAUUGUUGUCCAAUUCAUGUUUCCAUCCUAAUGUUAGCCUAAAUGGAGGAGACUGAAAAGAAAUUACUUUGUACUAGGAGGAGUACCUGUAUAUGCAUGCACUAGUUUUUGGUGGUCUUUCAUCAAUCACCAACAAAACAGAGUCUUCAGCAACUCUUAUUGAAGCUGUAUGCAAGUAUUACAAUGCUAAAACAAUGGCAUGUGUUUUACCUUUUGCUCCAAGGAGGUUGCCUACAUACUUGGCAUGGAAGAUUGUGGAAUUGAGUAUGAAGAGUAUCAAAAACAAUGUUCAAAACUGUCUCCACAAUUUCCUUCAUACCUGAAGGAAUUAAGAGCAAAGUUUGUUGAGAGUGGUACUGAAGGAGCGAGCUAUCACAGCAUCCCACAUUAAAGAUAUUUUGAGGUUCAUGACUGUUGAUGAUG